UGUGGGGAAUGUGGAAAGAGCUUCAGCCAGAGCUCCAAUUUGAUCUACCACCAGAGGAUCCACACUGGGGAACGGCCCUACGAGUGUGGGGAAUGUGGAAAGGGAUUCAGCUGCAGCUACAGCCUGAACAUCCACCAGAGGAUCCACACUGGGGAACGGCCCUACGAGUGUGGGGAAUGUGGGAAGAGCUUCAGCCGCAGCUCUUACCUGAUCUGCCACCAGAGGAUCCACACUGGGGAACGGCCCUACGAGUGUGGGGAAUGUGGGAAGAGCUUCAGCCGCAGCUCUUACCUGAUCUUCCACCAGAGGACCCACACUGGGGAACGGCCCUACAAGUGUGGGGAAUGUGGGAAGGGAUUCAGCUCCAGCUCCAGCCUGAUCGUCCACCAGAGGACCCACACUGGGGAACAGCCCUACGAGUGUGGGGAAUGUGGAAAGAGCUUCAGCCAGAGCUCCAAUUUGAUCUACCACCAGAGGAUCCACACUGGGGAACGGCCCUACGAGUGUGAGGUAUGUGGGAUGGGCUUCAGGAUGCGCUCCAAACUCACUCACCACCAGAGGAUCCACACUGGGGAA